AUGCAUUCUGAGUGUUUCUUUGAUAGUUGCAGUUCUAGAAAUGGAGCUGCAAUGUAUAUUUAUAGCUGUGAGUGUUCGAUUGUCCAACACAGAUUUUGUUCCCAUAAAUGUUUUGCAAAAAGUGGUCAAAUCUCAUUUUGCCAGUUGAAAACAUCAUCAACAGAAUAUUUAAACUAUGUAGACGAAAGUUCUGUAUGUGGAUGUGGUAAAUUAAGCAAGUCAGAUCUAUUCUAUUCUUUAUGCGGAAAGAUGAGAUUUUCGUCUAAUAAUAUAAGUAAAAAUUGUGCUUCUGAAAAUGCUGCCUUUUUCAUCGCAACAUCAAACUUUCAGAACCUGAAUUACUCUACUAUUGAAAGUAAUAAUGCAUCCAAUUACAGAAUGAUUCUACUAAAUUGGGGAGUUAAAUAUAAUAUUGAAAAUAGUAAUAUUUUGAAGAAUUUUCAAGCAAAAUCUGAUUUUGGAGUUAUUUCUAUAUAUGGCCGAUUGACACUAAAUGAAUGCGCAAUAUUAGAUGAUAAUGGAAAUGGAAAAACAUUUUACAUCCAUGAGGAUUCUUACGUCACUGUUAAGAAUUCGUUCUAUGAUGAUUUAACAUCUAAUUUUAUAGAAAUAAUGAUUGAUAAUUGCAUGAGGGCAUCUAAAUAUAAUUCUCUUAGUUAUUAUGAUUCAUAUCUUUGUGUAGCAUUACAUCCGAUCAAUAUCAAGAAUAUUAAUUUAAGCAACAAUAUUAAGUGCUCAAUGAAAGAUUUCUAUGGAAGAGACUUUAUUCGUAAAUUAUUAUAUGAAUUUGUUGUUUUGAUAUGCAAAUAA